AUGGAUAUAAAACAAGGAGUAGCUUUAGUUACUGGAGGCGCUCAGGGAAUAGGAAAAGCUACUUGUGAAGCAUUACUCAAAAAAGGCUGUAAGCAUGAACUCCAUUAUCAAAAAAGUGGGAUUAAAUUCACUGCUGUGUGUCCUUCUGGCAUCAACACCGAUUUGUUUUGGCUGACUACCGAUGAAACCCCAUUUGAAGAAGAGUAUGAUAAAAUUAGAAAAAAUCUAAUUAUAUUAGAACCCAGUGCUAUAGCAGAAGCAAUAAUACAACUUCUUGAAGAUGGUAAGAAUGGUGCAGUUAUGACCGUUAUCGGAGGGAAAGAAAACACUUAUGUGCCGAUGCCUGAAGCAGAGAUGUUUUAUUAAUGUUCAAUGUGAUGUAGUAAUGCAAAUGUUAAAAAGUUUCUAAUUAAUGCUUAUUAAAUUGUAGACAAGUAGCAUGAUUAAUAAAGUUAAUGAGUAUAAUAUAGUAAUAACGCGCAAUUAUUUAUUGC